GGCACGUACUAUGCUGAGCUGGCUGUGGCGAGUGGCGACGCGACCACAUACCACGGCCACAGCCACACACACACAUACACACACACACGCUGGGAGACAGGUGUGUGUCGCCGCGACCAUUUGUGCAGUGUUUGGAUUUUUUUUUAAUUAUUAUUAUUUCUAAUAUUAUUUUUUUUAAUAAAGCAUCGCCAUUAUGUUGUGGACGGCGAGUCAAGUCAUAAGAAAAUUCUCCACCUCUUCGGAGGGCUGUGCUCCCUGCAGCCAAUAGUUUCCCAGAGCCGGUUCACACCAGUGACAGAGAUGUAUGGCCCACUGGAAUCACCAGAAAACCAGUUACUUAACAUUCCCAGAAGCGAGAGUAGUGUAAAUUCCCCUCUGCCGAGCAAAAGGUGUAAGCACACUUGGAGUACUUGAAGAUGCAUAACAAAGCCUGCUACUGUGCAGCAUUAUUAUCAAAACAAGCUGAAACUAGCUCUGAUUGGCCAGAGCCUGUUUGGCCAGGAGGUGUACACUAACCUGAGGAAGCAGGGUCACAAGGUGGUGGGUGUGUUCACCGUCCCGGAUAAGGAUGGGAAGGCCGACCCCCUGGCGGUGGCAGCGGAGAAGGACGGGACGCCGGUGUUCAAAUUCCCACGGUGGCGGGUCAAGGGGAAGCCCAUCCCGGAGGUGGUGGAGGCCUACAAGGCGGUGGGGGCCGAGCUCAACGUCAUGCCCUUCUGCUCCCAGUUCAUCCCCAUGAACGUGAUCGACCACCCCAAGCACGGCUCCAUCAUCUACCACCCGUCCAUCCUGCCGCUGCACAGAGGAGCCUCGGCCAUCAACUGGACGCUGAUCCAUGGCGAUAAGAAGGCCGGAUUCUCGGUGUUCUGGGCCGACGACGGGCUGGACACCGGGCCCAUCCUGCUGCAGAGGGAAUGCGAUGUGGAGCCCAACGACACGGUGGACACGCUGUACAACCGCUUCCUGUUCCCAGAGGGCAUCAAGGCCAUGGUGGAGUCGGUGCAGCUCAUCGCCGAUGGAAAAGCCGCCCGCGUCCCCCAGUCAGAGGAAGGAGCGAGCUACGAAGGCAUUCAGAAGAAAUCCAACUGCAGGGUCAACCUGGCCCAGCCAGCCCAGGCCAUCCACAACUGGAUCCGCGGCCAUGACAAAGUCCCCGGAGCCUGGACUGUCAUUGAUGGUCAGACGGUGACCCUGUAUGGCUCGUCCAUGUUGGGGGGGUCCGUGCCGGCCGGUCAGCCCCUGCAGAUCGAAGGGGCGUCCCAGCCCGGCCUGGUCUCCAAAAAUGGACUCGUCCUGUUCGGAUCCGACGAUAAAGCACUCCUGGUGAAGAACCUGCAGUUUGAAGAUGGGAAGAUGAUCCCUGCCUCCAAGUACUUCUCAUCAGGAGAAAGCUCCAGUGUGGAGCUGACUGAUGAUGAGAAGAAGAUGGCGGAGGAUAUCAGGAUGAUUUGGAGGGGGAUCCUCAGCAACGUCCCGGCGAUCGAAGACACCACAGAUUUCUUCAAGUCGGGAGCUGCCUCCAUGGACGUGGUCAGGCUCGUUGAAGAGGUGAAGCAGAGAUGCGGCGGCGUCCAGCUGCAGAACGAGGACGUGUACAUGGCCACCACCUUCCAGGACUUCAUCCAGAUGUUCGUCCGGAGGCUGAGGGGCGAAGACCAGGAGGAGGAGCUGGUCAUCGACUAUGCGACCAAAGAGGUGAACAACAUGACUGUGAAAAUGCCGUACCAGUGUUUUAUCGAUGGCAAGUUUGAGGACGCCGACAACGGCAAGGCCUGCGACACCAUCAACCCUGCGGACGGAUCGGCGAUCUGUAAGGUGGCCUACGCCUCCGUGGGCGACGUGGACCGGGCGGUGGCGGCCGCUAAAGAGGCUUUUGAAAACGGCCCCUGGGGCAAGAUGAACCCCCGGGACAGAGGAAGUCUGCUGUACAGGCUUGCAGACCUGAUGGAGGAGCAUCAGGAGGAGCUGGCCACCAUUGAAUCCAUCGACUCGGGGGCCGUGUACACGCUGGCCCUCAAGACGCACGUGGGCAUGUCCAUCCAGACUUUCCGCUACUUCGCCGGCUGGUGCGACAAAAUCCAGGGCAAGACGAUACCCAUCAACCAGGCCCGACCCAACCGCAACCUGACCUUCACGAAGAAGGAACCUCUGGGUGUGUGUGCCAUCGUCAUCCCAUGGAACUACCCGCUCAUGAUGCUGGCGUGGAAGAGCGCAGCCUGCCUCGCAGCCGGAAACACACUCGUGCUCAAGCCUGCACAAGUCACUCCACUGACGGCCCUGAAGUUCGCCGAGCUGACAGUGAAAGCCGGCAUUCCUAAAGGAGUCAUCAACAUAGUGCCAGGCUCGGGCGGCCUGGUGGGACAGCGUCUGUCCGAGCACCCAGACGUCCGCAAGCUGGGCUUCACCGGCUCCACACCGAUUGGCAAACAGAUCAUGAAGAGCUGUGCGGUCAGUAACCUGAAAAAGGUUUCUCUGGAGCUGGGAGGGAAGUCGCCUCUCAUCAUCUUCAGCGACUGUGACAUGGACAAGGCUGUCCGCAUGGGCAUGAGCUCUGUCUUCUUCAACAAAGGGGAGAACUGCAUCGCUGCCGGGCGCCUGUUUGUGGAGGAGUCCAUUCACGAUGAGUACAUCAGCCGGGUGGUGGAGGAGAUUAAGAAGAUGAAGAUCGGAGACCCGCUGGAUCGCUCCACCGACCACGGCCCGCAGAACCACAAGGCCCACCUGGACAAGCUGGUGGAGUACUGCGAGGUCGGAGUGAAGGAGGGAGCCACGCUGGUGUACGGAGGCAAACAGGUCGACAGGCCGGGUUUCUUCAUGGAACCGACGGUAUUCACAGAUGUGGAGGAUCACAUGUUCAUCGCCAAAGAGGAGUCCUUUGGCCCCGUCAUGGUGGUGUCAAAGUUCAAAAACGGGGAUGUGGACGGCGUGCUGCAGAGAGCCAACGACACCGAGUUCGGCCUGGCCUCCGGCGUGUUCACGCGCGACAUCAGCAAGGCCAUGUACGUGAGCGAGAGGCUGGAGGCUGGGACGGUGUUCAUCAACACCUACAACAAGACCGACGUGGCUUCGCCCUUUGGUGGCUUCAAGCAGUCUGGCUUCGGAAAGGACCUCGGAGAGGACGCUCUCAUGGAAUACCUCAGGACCAAAGCAGUGACUGUGGAGUACUAAGGCGCAAACCCUCGGAAUGAACUUUGACCCACGACAGAAUCGAACGGGACUUGUCUGCACCAAUCAGGCAUCCAGCUGACCAGUGUGUGUGUGUGUGUAUAUAUAUAUAUGCACACGUGUGUGUGACCUAGAGGAGAGCGUCGUUGCUUGUCGUGGCCACAGCCUGGACACCGUGCCUACCGUUUCAUAGCGUUCUACGGUGGAAACUUGCAUCAUGGACAUCGGACACACCCGCUUUUCCCCACCACCAAAUCAAAAAAACGCUCGUACAUCUAUACACAAAACCCUGAGGCGGAUCUUGCUGUCCCAGAUGGGAGCCACGCUGGUUCUGACUGGUUAAACUCCUCUCCUUCAAGGUUUCAGAUCUUCCAUAUUCAGUACCACGGUAGUGCAUUUUACUUUUAAAGCGUAACUCCGGACACUGUUUUCCAUCUUCUUCCACCAUCAAUCAUUUCUGACCAAGAUUUCAUCAGUUCUUCAGUAUAGAGCUAUUUACUGGGCAUCCUGCUGUCCUGCUUUUUCCCAGCACAGUCCAACACGACCCAUGGGCUCUUCAAAACUCAAUCCCAAAUGCAUCCAAAACAUGUUUUUUUUUUUCCACAUACUAUGUCCAGUCGGUAAUGAGACAUGUCGGGGGGAAAAAGUAAUGAAAUCUAUGCAGUCUCACGCCUUUCUCAUACAGCUACUCUUGUAGUUCUUUGUUCCCUCUUUACCAGCCAACUUCCUCUGCCUGUCUACAUACAUAAAGUAAAGCACAAUAAGUAAUGCAGUUGCCUCAAAAUUAGUAUAAAAAAAUCAAAAUUCAAAAUGUCUCCUUACAGACUAGGCAUCAGCAUGCUGAAGCAGACAUGCUCUGGCUCUGAUUGGGCUGAUUUUUGGAGAGACUGUCAGCCCUUUAAAGGGGUGUGAAACCCAGGCAGAACAAGGAGAUUUUAGUGACAUCUAGUGGUUGAAAAUUUUAUGACCACAACAAUGCCUUCCUGCCAUGCAAGAUUUUAAGACCGUACUGGAGAGCUGUGCACUCAGAAAGGCAAUUAGCUCUAUAGUGACAAGAUAAGUAGCUCUAUUUGGUCGGAUUGGUGGGAAAUGAUGGGAAAACGAGUUGCAAAUGUGUGGAGUUAUGCUUUAAAUGCUCAAUCCCUAAUCCAAAUGAAAACAAAAUCGUAGCUACAGAAAACGAACAAAAAAAAAGAGGGGGGAUUGGAGACAUUGUUUUAGUCUUAAAUUUGAUUUGUACAAGUCUAACUACAAGGACUGACUUCUUGACAGCCAAAUGUGAGGUGUCAACAUAUUUUACAUCUGUGAAUGCUUCAGCUUCUUUCUUUUCUCUGUCAACACCGGAGUCGUGUUUUGAGUUCCAGGUGGGAUCUGAAAGAUGAGGAGGCUUAUUUUUUAUCUGCAUGCCAAACCGUUCGACAAGAUGCCUGUAAACAUAACACACAUACUCCAAAAACAAACAAACAAACAAAAAAAAAAAAAAUCUUUGUCUGUGCUGCUGUCAGAUGCCAAUUUCAUCGUUAGAUCCCACGUCGGUCUGUAACUGAGCCAUUUUAUUCGCUGACACUCUGUGCAGCUUUCAGGUCCCACUUUAACUUAACACAUUCACAACUCCCUUUUUUCCAAUUUUACUUUAUUUGUAAAUAUUUUUUAACAAAAGGGAAAAAAAAAAACUAUUUGAUAUAUUUUUUGACAUUGUACUUGUCAGUCAAAGGAACAUUAUAUGUUACAACACUAUAUUUGUUUAAGACACACCAGCCUGACUGUAGAUGUAUUUAACUUUUAGAUCAAUAGAAAAUGUUGAAAAAAAACAAACAAACAAAAAAGAAGAGAUUAAUGUGAAACACUACAGAGAUGAAGUUAUCAGAUUAGUUUUCUA